CCGACUUAGAAAUGGCCAUAACAGGAGUCCGGAAGUCAAGUGCUUUAUUUCACCUGAGAAACCACGUGGUCUGUGCAGGAUGUUCCCGGAGCUGACCGCCCUGCUGGGGGCCGACACUGAGAGCCCGGAGCGGCGACAGUUUGUCCUGAUCAGCGGCCAGAAGACGGACGCCAGCUUCUUGCUCCAUCACUUCCUGUCCUAUUACCUGAAGGCCGGAUGUCGUCUGUGUUUUGUGGCUCUCGCUCAGUCCUUCAGUCAUUACAACAUCAUCGCCCAGAAGCUGGGGGUGAACCUGGCGAGCGCGCAGGAUCAGGGGCAGCUGCGCUUUCUGGAGGGGCUCAGAUCCUACACCCGGCUGCUGUUUACAGAUACUACAGAGACUGAGGCCGAGAAUCCUCUGCGCUCUCUGAGGACGGGGAGUGACCUCCGACCCCUGUAUGACUUCAUUACUGCUGCACUGGCGCCCCCAGUAGGUGAAGAGUGGAAAUGCCCGGUGCUAAUUGUAGACGACGUCGGUGUGCUGCUCAGCCUGGGGGUCCCUGCCAUCCAAGUGCUGGACUUCAUCCAUUACUGCCGAGCCAGCGUGUGCAGCAAGUACCAGGGGAACGUGGUUUGUCUGCUGCAGGGGGAUGACGGGUCCGAGGACGCCGACAAUGAGCUGCUGCUGAGGUCUCUGUGUCACCAGAGCAGGUUGAUCCUGCAGGCAGAGGGGCUGGCGACCGGCUUCUGUAAGGAGGUGCAUGGACAGCUGACCAUUACUCGGAGGACACAGGAUAAAGACCAGACCGUCAUCUACCAGUACAGAAUCCAUGACAAGAGCGUCAGCUUCUUCGCCAGGGGACUGUCUGCAGCUGUCCUGUGAUCUGCUACAGCCAGGACUGGGGGGCGUCUCGCACGGGGGGGGGGGGGGCAUGUCCUGUGUGCGAGCGUCGCUGGGGGGCACACAGAAUCCAGGAUUUGUUCUCCAUAUUCUGAGGUGCAGGACGAGAAUGAACACAAGACAUUUCAGAGAGAGUUUUUAUUUAAGAAAAUUACAGAGGAUUGAAACAAAAACAAAAAAAAAAAGCAAAAACUAAAUUAAAAACCUAAAAGACUGUACAAGGAAGAUUUGGUGCGUCUGCUCUGCAUAAUACCUACAGCCAAAUAAAUUAUAACCUUUACCAAAAA